CACGCGCUCGGAGCCUGCAACUCUCGCGAGAGAAGCGAGAUUUAUUCCUACGUACCGGGCCGUGCUGCUUAUGGCGGCGCUGGAGAGGGGGCGCUGAGCUGUUGGGUAUGAAGUGUAACAGAACAGACUUUACCACCUGAAACUGCUGCUUCAAGUUCAGAUCAGGCAAAGAACAGACCCGGAACAACCAGCAACACCAAAGAAGAGUACACAAGUUGAAGACACAACACUUGAUCUGAAACAAGAAGUUUGUGCCUACUCAACAGCUUUGAAAGAGCACUUCCCAACGCUGCUAGUAGUCUUUGUUUUCUUCAGUGCUGUACUGUGAGAUUGCCCGGUGCAGCAGCAGUUGUAUUCUUUAUUAGCUUGAUAGAUCAUUUCCUCUCGCUCUUUUUUUUUUUUUUUUUUUUUUUGAAAAAAAAUCUAGCAACUUUCAACCUUUGGAACUUGUGCUGCAAAAGAAAAGUCAGCAAAUACUACUGAAAGUGCAAUAUUUGAUUAUCACUGCGAGGUGUUCCUGACUGACCUGGAACUUUGCUGUGUAGACCCAGCUGAUCUCCAACUCAUAAAUCAUCUACCUUUGCUUCUUAGUGCUGAGAUUAAAGCUGUUUGUUAUGGAGAACGUAUUUACCUUGUCAUCAGAUCCUCAACCUACUCCUGCAACCCCUCCUUCACUUUCUUUACCCUUGUCUUCUACCUCAUCUGGGACAAAAAAACAAAAGCGGAACCCCACUUACCAGAGAUCUAUGAGCUUUGAUCCAAACCUUCUCCACAACAAUGGACACAAUGGGUACCCCAAUGGUACUUCUGCAGCACUGCGCGAAACCGGGGUUGUUGAGAAACUGUUGACCUCUUACGGAUUUAUUCAGUGUUCAGAACGGCAAGCCAGACUUUUCUUCCACUGCUCACAAUAUAAUGGCAACCUCCAGGAUUUAAAAGUAGGAGAUGAUGUUGAAUUUGAAGUAUCAUCUGACCGGCGGACUGGAAAACCUAUUGCUAUUAAAUUGGUGAAGAUAAAACCAGAAAUACAUCCUGAAGAACGAAUGAAUGGACAAGUUGUGUGCGCUGUUCCUCACAACUUAGAGAGUAAAUCUCCAGCUGCCCCGGGUCAGAGUCCAACAGGGAGUGUAUGCUACGAACGUAAUGGGGAAGUGUUUUAUCUGACUUACACCUCUGAAGACGUGGAAGGGAAUGUUCAGCUGGAAACUGGAGAUAAAAUUAACUUUGUAAUUGAUAACAAUAAACACACUGGUGCUGUAAGUGCUCGUAACAUUAUGCUUUUGAAAAAGAAACAAGCUCGCUGUCAAGGAGUAGUUUGUGCCAUGAAGGAGGCGUUUGGCUUUAUUGAAAGAGGUGAUGUGGUAAAAGAGAUAUUCUUUCACUAUAGUGAAUUUAAAGGUGACCUAGAAACCUUACAGCCUGGAGAUGAUGUGGAAUUCACAAUCAAGGACAGAAAUGGUAAAGAAGUUGCAACAGAUGUCAGACUAUUGCCUCAAGGAACAGUCAUUUUCGAAGAUAUUAGUAUUGAACAUUUUGAAGGAACUGUAACCAAAGUUAUCCCAAAAGUACCCAGUAAAAACCAGAAUGACCCAUUGCCAGGACGAAUCAAAGUUGACUUUGUGAUUCCUAAAGAACUUCCCUUUGGAGACAAAGACACAAAAUCCAAAGUGACCCUGCUGGAAGGUGACCAUGUUAGGUUUAAUAUUUCAACAGACCGACGUGACAAAUUAGAACGAGCAACCAACAUAGAGGUUCUAUCAAAUACAUUUCAGUUCACUAAUGAAGCCAGAGAAAUGGGUGUGAUUGCUGCCAUGAGAGAUGGUUUUGGUUUCAUCAAGUGUGUGGAUCGUGAUGCUCGUAUGUUCUUCCACUUCAGUGAGAUUCUAGAUGGGAAUCAGCUCCACAUUGCAGAUGAAGUAGAAUUUACUGUGGUUCCUGAUAUGCUCUCUGCCCAAAGAAAUCAUGCUAUUAGGAUCAAAAAACUUCCCAAGGGCACGGUUUCGUUUCAUUCCCAUUCAGAUCAUCGUUUUCUGGGCACUGUAGAAAAAGAAGCCACUUUCUCCAAUCCUAAAACCACAAGCCCAAAUAAAUGCAAAGAUAAGGAGGCGGAAGAUGGCAUUAUUGCUUAUGAUGACUGUGGGGUGAAACUGACUAUUGCUUUUCAAGCCAAGGAUGUGGAAGGAUCUACUUCUCCUCAGAUAGGAGAUAAGGUUGAAUUUAGUAUUAGUGACAAACAGAGGCCUGGACAGCAAAUUGCAACUUGUGUGAGACUUUUAGGUCGUAAUUCUAACUCCAAAAGGCUCUUAGGUUAUGUGGCAACUCUGAAAGAUAAUUUUGGAUUUAUUGAAACAGCUAAUCAUGAUAAGGAAAUAUUUUUCCAUUAUAGUGAAUUCUCUGGUGAUGUUGAUAGCCUGGAACUGGGAGAUAUGGUUGAAUACAGCUUGUCCAAAGGCAAAGGCAAUAAAGUCAGUGCUGAGAAAGUAAACAAGACUCACUCAGUGAAUGGCAUUACUGAGGAAGCUAAUCCCACCAUCUACUCUGGUAAAGUCAUUCGUCCUCUGAGAGGUGUUGAUCCAACACAGAUUGAGUACCAAGGAAUGAUUGAGAUUGUGGAGGAAGGGGAUAUGAAAGGUGAAGUGUAUCCAUUUGGCAUAGUUGGGAUGGCCAACAAAGGAGAUUGCCUACAGAAAGGGGAGAGUGUCAAGUUCCAGUUAUGUGUCCUUGGCCAAAAUGCACAAACUAUGGCCUACAACAUCACACCCCUUCGUAGGGCCACUGUGGAGUGUGUGAAAGAUCAGUUUGGCUUUAUUAACUAUGAAGUAGGAGAUAGCAAGAAGCUCUUUUUUCACGUGAAAGAAGUUCAGGAUGGCAUUGAGCUACAGGCAGGAGAUGAGGUGGAAUUCUCAGUGAUUCUAAAUCAGCGUACUGGGAAAUGCAGUGCCUGUAAUGUUUGGCGAGUCUGUGAAGGCCCCAAAGCUGUUGCAGCUCCUCGACCUGAUCGAUUGGUCAAUCGCUUGAAGAAUAUCACCCUGGAUGAUGCUAGUGCUCCUCGUCUAAUGGUUCUUCGUCAGCCAAGGGGACCAGAUAACUCAAUGGGAUUUGGUGCAGAAAGAAAGAUCCGCCAAGCUGGUGUCAUUGACUAACCACACCCACAAAGCACAUCAUUAAUCCACUAUGGUCAACUUGGGGGGAUUCUGGUGAAGGGUUCUGAAUAUCUUUCUCUUCAUCCCUCCUAAAAUCUGGAAUACUUAUUCUAUUGAGCUAUUACACCAGUUUUAACACCUUCCUCGUGUUAUGUUUAAAAAAAUAAAUAAAUUUAAGAAACCAUUUUAAAAUUAUGCACAGUUGCAGCCUGGGAAACUUAAGGUGGCGCCUUAUAGUAUCAAUUUAGGAGCUUUAUUUGGUGCAUUUAACGCAACUGGUAAUUGCAAAUUCCACUUCGCCUGUGUAAAUGAACAAUACAGACUGUUACCUUGUUGGCCCUAUGAAAUUCUGCACUCUAGUCAGUAUAUACUCUACCUUCAUUACUUAGCUCAGCCGCAUUCUUUUCCUUUUCUUUCCUGUUCAUUAUGCUUUAAUUCUGAGGACCAUAUGAAGGUAGACUAUAUUACCUUUAAAAAUUGCAAAAAUUUAUAUAGCAAACGAUUUUCUUAAGUUGAUGGCCAAAUGUUAAAAUGUUAUUUUCAUAUCAUUUAUAAUCUUGUCACAAUCCACUUAACGAGUUUGAUUACAUUUCAGUGAAAAUUAUCUUCCAGAAUAGUUUUUUUUCCUGGGAUGGGGUGGGGGGUAAAUAACUUUACUACAAUUAGUAUGUAUGGUGCAGAAUUUCAUGCAAAUGAAGUGUGCCAGCAGUGUGAUAAUUUAAACGUAUUUAAACAAAAAGACGAAUGCACAAAAUUGCUGCUGCUUAGAUCACUGCAGCUUCUAGGACCCAGUUUCUUUUACUGAUUUCAAAACAAAAAAAAAAAAAUAAAAAAGUUGUGCCUGAAAUGAAUCUUGUUUUUUUUAUAAGUAGCCCCCUGGAUCCAAUGUCCUGUUGAAUACAGGCACUUGAUCCUUGGUGCAGCUUCUGUUCAACUUUGUAUCACGGGAAUGGAUUGGCCUGAUUUCUCGGCCCUCGUCUUGAAUUGACCCCAAACAGGGUCUCUGGCUAGUGGAGUGAAGGCUUUUUGUCUAAAGGUGGCAAGAGUCAGCUCAGGGGUUGUGGGGAGGGCACUUUUCAUCUUCCCCGUUGUCAUUUGAGUAUUUGAUCUCUGGGUAAAGAGGCCAUUUAUCUUUGUAAACACAAAACAUUUUUGCUUUCUCCGUUUUUCUGUUAAUGGCGAAAGAAUGGAAGCGAAUAAAGUUUUACUGAUUUUUGAGACACUA